GGAUAUGCACACAACUUAAAAAGAAGAAUAAUGAAAACUCUAAAUGCUUAUCAAAAUGUUAACAGAAUAAUAAUUUUUCCUUUCAACGACAGAUAAAAUAUCUAUUUUAUGCUGUAAAAUUUGCAUACGUAAACUUGCAAUGUGGCGAUUUUACAGAUAGAAAAAAUCGCCACAAUGAUUGAAAAGGUAAUCUAUUUUUCGUUGCCACGAGAAAAAUAGGACCUUCACUUCCUUUUGUGGGUUCUUGUGUGUGUGUUAGACCCUUGUUUGUGUUAUUGAACUGAAGAAGAUUCUUGUGUAAAGAAAGUUUUAAGGACAUUGUUUUGUACUGCACUUAAUGUGCUAUUUGGAUUUAGAAGAUGUAAUAAAACUCUUAUUCUCAAAUUUAUAAGACAGUGUAUCCAAAACCCUUAUUAAUGAAAGUGGAUUGCAUUCAUAGUUAUGAAAAAUCUAUAGAAAGUGCUUUAGAAGAGUAAUUUCCAUGCAGAUCGUAUUCAUAUGAUAUCUUCUUUAUACUGAAAACAAAAAUCAAUUGAAUGAUAAAAUAACAUUUUCUUCGUGUUGAUAGAAAUAAAAUUCCUGCUGUGCGUGCAUAAAUAUUAAGAAAAAAUGUGUUUUCUUUUCGAUUCAUGUAAUUGAUAAACUACUCAUGCAGUGUGUGUUAAAUGCUUCCUGGCUGGAGAAGAUAUUAUUAUUAAAGGCAAUAUCUUUCUGUGUUGGCGAUAACAUUCUUUGUUGUGACACUAACGGUAAAUAGUGUGACACAUCUUUGCAAUGAUGUUCUAAGAGAAAAAUAUUUUCAUAGAAAUUUAAUGUUUGCACUUUGCUUAAAAGUUUCCAAGUGUAGUUAAUGGCUGCUCUAAAUAAAAAGUAUGCAAUAAGAAGUAAUUUCAUUUAAAUGUUUUGCGCUCAUAAUAUAUGAAUAAUUUAUUUAAGGAUGAAUUAAUCAUGAAGAAUUUAAUUAAUGUGGUUUAAUCUAACAAACACUUUAGAGGAACUUUUCCAUGUAGUGCAUUAUUAAACAGUUUUAAAAAGAUUGUAGUUGCGGGCUAUUAAACAGUCUCUUACAUUCAUAAAGCACAUGUGAUUUGAUAUUUAUAUACAAGUAGUUGAGAUUGUGAUUUUCUUGUUAAAACGGAGAACAUAUUUUUUAUAUGCAGUUUUGGCAAUUUAAUGUUUAUAAAAUUAAAUUUUCUCUACCUUCUCAUAUUUAUGUUGAUUUAUAAGAGCAUACAUUUAUCAUGUGUGAUAAUAUAUUGAUACAAAAAUUUGCUAUUUAAUUUCUUUUUUAAAUAUAUAUUGAACCAUAUUGUUGCAAUGUGUGUGUGAAAUAAUUUGUAAAUGAAAUUUAAUUUGAUAAUUUCAUGUUCAUAGCAGUAAAUAGCAUUACUUUUUAUUCAUAUUCAUUUUUGUAAUAAGUUUUUCUAAUAACAAAUAAGAUUAAUUUUGCAGUGUAUCUAAGAAUGCCUUCAUUCAUAGUGUAUUGAAUUUAAAGGAAUCUGUUACAUAAAAAGUUUCACUGUUCCUGCAGUUUCUAGUGUAAAAGAACAUAAAGUGAAAUAAUUUAAUUUAGUUUUGUAUCUUUAUAGGUAUGAUAAAAUAGAAAUAUUAUUAAAGUAAAGUUUGUAGGGGAAAAAAAUUGCAUCUUCUCAAUAUAAUUUAAAUUAAUCAUUUCGCAGAUGCGCCUAUUAAUAAAUCAUAUUCCUGUUAUAAAGUGAUCAUAUUUCUACAGUAUUUUAUUUUGCUUAGUUAAAACAUUUAGUCAAAGUAAGUAAUUUGAUACAACAUGAUCAUUUUCUUAAUCUGUGCUAUUGAAGGCAUCUUUAUGCUAUUAAAUGAGUUACUUUUGUAAUGAAAAUUAUUUUGAAUUAUUGCUUUCAUUUUAAUUAACGGCUAAUUAUUUUUCCAUUGUCUAAAUAUAGCUAUUUGCAUCAAAUAAAUAAAUAAAAAGCAAUAAUUUGAUUUUGAACAGAAAAUCUGUAUUUUUUCUUAUAUUUAUGCAUUUUUAUUUUAAUAUUGCAAAGUGGAUUUAUAUCUUCAUUUCUUACAGCAUAUUUAUAAUUGUUUUUCUAGAAGUCUUACUCGACUACCCACAAUUUAUCUACCCUAAUGAUUCUUGCUCUAGUAACACAUACAAAAGUGUUUUACAACAAUAUUUUGUAUAGUAUUCUGGCCGUAUAAUAAUUUAAUUUUUAAAGCAAACAAGUGUGACCCAUGGUUAUUAUGGUUCAUAAUAGUAAGAAACAUAUUUCAUGUAAGACAUGAAUUUUCCAUCAAAUUAUUAACAUUUGUCUUCACCCUGUUGAGAAAUCUUAUUUGUGAAAAGAUUUUUUCUAAAAAAAGUAAACAUAUACUGUAAUAGUGUUUUUCAUCCUGUAAGAUAACCUUAUUCUUGUAAUAUAUGUAAUUAGGUUUUUUCUAAAAGAAGUAGCCAUACUAAACACUGCAGAAUUCAUAUUAGUGAGAAAUCCUAUUGUUGUAGUAAUGUAAUAAGAAUUUUUCACAAAGAGAUCUAGCUAAACGCAAUCGUGUUCAUAUGGGUGAGAUGCCUUAUUCUUGUAGUAUAUGUAAUAAGAUUUUCUCACGAAAAAGUGCACUGACUGGACACAGUCGUGUUCAUACAGGUGAGAAGUUUUAUUCAUGUAGCAUGUGCAAUAAGAGUUUCUCACAAAAAAGUGCACUGACUGCACACUUUUUUCUUCAUACUGGUGAGAAGAAACCUUAUUCUUGUUGUACAUGUAAUAAGAGUUUUUCAACUAGAUCUAAUUUAAUUCAACAUAGUCGCGUUCAUACUGGUGAGAAACCUUAUUCUUGUAGUAUAUGUAAUAGGAGUUUUUCAUUAAAAGGUAAUUUGACUCAACACAAUCGUGUUCAUACUGGUGAGAAACCUUAUUCUUGUAGUAAAUGUAAUAAGGGAUUUUCAAGUAGAGCUUAUUUGACGCUACAUAGUCGAGUUCAUACCGGUGAGAAACCUUAUUCUUGUAGUAUAUGUAAUAAGAGUUUUUCAACAAAAGGUAAUUUAACUCAACACAAUCGUGUUCAUACUGGUGAGAAACCUUAUUCUUGUAGUAUAUGUAAUAAGAGUUUUUCACAAAAAGGUAUACUGACUCAACACAAUCGUGUUCAUACUGGUGAGAAGCCUUAUUCUUGUAGUACAUGUAAUAAGAAAUUCUCACAUAAAAGUUCACUGACUUCACACUUUUUUGUUCAUACUGGUGAGGAGAAAUCUUAUUCUUGUAGUGUAUGUAAUAAGAGUUUUAUAGGAAGAUUUCUAUUGACUGAACACAGUCGUGUUCAUACAGGUGAGAAGCCUUAUUCUUGUAGUAUAUGUUAUAAGAGAUUUUCAUUAAAAUGUAAUUUGACUCAACAUAGUCGUGUUCAUACUGGUGAGAAACCUUAUUCUUGUAGUAAAUGUAAUAAGAGAUUUUCAAGUAGAACUUAUUUGACGUUACAUAGUCGAGUUCAUACCGGUGAGAAACCUUAUUCUUGUAGUAUGUGUAAUAAGAGUUUUAUACGGAGACUUCUAUUGACUGAACACAGUCGUGUUCAUACAGGUGAGAAGCCUUAUUCUUGUAGUAUAUGUUAUAAGAGAUUUUCAUUAAAAGGUAAUUUGACGCUACAUAGUCGAGUUCAUACCGGUGAGAAACCUUAUUCUUGUAGUAUAUGUAAUAAGAGUUUUUCACAAAAAUGUAUACUGACUCAACACAAUCGUGUUCAUACUGGUGAGAAGCCUUAUUCUUGUAGUACAUGUAAUAAGAAAUUCUCACAGAAAAGUUCACUGACUUCACACUUUUUUGUUCAUACUGGUGAGGAGAAAUCUUAUUCUUGUAGUGUAUGUAAUAAGAGUUUUAUGCGAAGACUUCUAUUGACUGAACACAGUCGUGUUCAUACGGGUGAGAAGCCUUAUUCUUGUAGUAAAUGUAAUAAGAGAUUUUCAAGUAGAGCUCAUUUGACGCUACAUAGUCGAGUUCAUACGGGUGAGAAACCUUAUUCUUGUAGUAUAUGUAAUAAGAGUUUUUCACAAAAAGGUAAUUUGACUCAACACAAUCGUGUUCAUACUGGUGAGAAACCUUAUUCUUGUAGUAAAUGUAAUAAGAGAUUUUCAAGUAGAGCUUAUUUGACGCUACAUAGUCGAGUUCAUACCGGUGAGAAACCUUAUUCUUGUUGUAUAUGUUAUAAGAGAUUUUCAUUAAAAGGUAAUUUGACUCAACAUAGUCGUGUUCAUACUGGUGAGAAACCUUAUUCUUGUAGUAAAUGUAAUAAGAGAUUUUCAAGUAGAACUUAUUUGACGUUACAUAGUCGAGUUCAUACCGGUGAGAAACCUUAUUCUUGUAGUAUAUGUAAUAAGAGUUUUUCACAAAAAGGUAUACUGACUCAACACAAUCGUGUUCAUACUGGUGAGAAGCCUUAUUCUUGUAGUACAUGUAAUAAGAAAUUCUCACAAAAAAGUUCACUGACUUCACACUUUUUUGUUCAUACUGGUGAGGAGAAAUCUUAUUCUUGUAGUGUAUGUAAUAAGAGUUUUAUGCGAAGACUUCUAUUGACUGAACACAGUCGUGUUCAUACGGGUGAGAAGCCUUAUUCUUGUAGUAAAUGUAAUAAGAGAUUUUCAAGUAGAGCUUAUUUGACGCUACAUAGUCGAGUUCAUACCGGUGAGAAACCUUAUUCUUGUAGUAUAUGUAAUAAGAGUUUUUCACAAAAAGGUAUACUGACUCAACACAAUCGUGUUCAUACUGGUGAGAAGCCUUAUUCUUGUAGUACAUGUAAUAAGAAAUUCUCACAAAAAAGUUCACUGACUUCACACUUUUUUGUUCAUACUGGUGAGGAGAAAUCUUAUUCUUGUAGUGUAUGUAAUAAGAGUUUUAUACGAAGACUUCUAUUGACUGAACACAGUCGUGUUCAUAUGGGUGAGAAGCCUUAUUCUUGUAGUAUAUGUUAUAAGAGAUUUUCAUUAAAAGGUAAUUUGACUCAACAUAGUUGUGUUCAUACUGGUGAGAAAUCUUAUUCUUGUAGUAAAUGUAAUAAGAGUUUUUCUAGUAGAGCUUAUUUGACGUUACAUAGUCGAGUUCAUAUCAGUGAGAAACCUUAUUCUUGUAGUAUAUGUAAUAGGAGUUUUUCACGAAAAGAUCUACUGACUCAACAUAGUUGUGUUCAUACUGGUGAAUAAACCUUAUUCUUGUAGCAUAUGUUAUAAGAUUUUUUCACAAAUAGUUCUUCUAAAUAAGCACAUUUGUGUUCACACUGGAGAGAAACCUUUUUCAUGUAAUAAGACUUUUUCAAGGAAAGAUUAUCUAACUCAUCACAUUCUUGUUCAGACUGAUUAGUAGCAAUUGUCUUGUGUACGUAAUAAAAAAUUUUUUUUUUUCUCUUA